GCCCCAGUAACAAACUCUUCAUACCAAGGAACCAGAGGUUACACAACUAUAUGGCCCGAGCAACACCGCAAUGCGAUACGCCACUUGUCCUUGGGCUCGCUCUCACUCUGUCUUUGGAAUCCUGCUCCUACUCCUACUCCGUCCCCGUCUCCGAGUCCAACUUGCUCCACCCGGACACGACCGACCCCUCUGCUAUCAGCCCAAUGAAGCGGCAGGAUUCGAGCAGGCAGCACUCCGGGAUCCAGGUUCCACGGACGCCACUGUCGCCAAUUUGCACCCGUUAAGCUUUGGCCGGAUACGAACCGUCGGGAGCCCGACCCGGCGGGCUGUCACUGCUGAUGUAGUUUGCGUGCUUGGGUCUACGCGGGA